AAGAUAGGAAAUAUGGAAUAUUUUACAUGGUAGAAUGUAAUGUAUAAAAUGCAAGACAACAGGUCUAGAAUCCCCUUUCUGAAUCAUCCUGUAAAUUCUUGGCAGAUGUCCUUGUACUCCUACUUUAAAAACUAUCUGCCAGAUGGUUGCUGCUAUGGCAACAGACCCUCAACUCAUUGUCGAAAUCCGUGCUGGUAGAAUCUUGAUUAAUAUUGUAUCACUGCUAAAGCAUGUCAUGUUCUGGGCUAAUGAACCUUGUCUUGAGUCAGAUGCUUGAACAGCUUAUGAAAAUAUGGUAAUGAUUAUAAGAUUAAGAUCUACACUUAUAUUGAAGGCUCUUCUUUCAUUCUGGGGCUAUAGCCCUAAAAUAUAGCAGCACCCUUUAUACUCCCGCCUGCAGGCAAAACCAAUACCUCCAGUUCGUUGGUGCCAAGUUAAUUUUGUUUGCGAUGAAAGGGGAUUUAUGAAGCUUUCAACCAGCUGGUCGGUUUGGAGGGUGCAUGCCCUUGAGGUUUUUCAGUUUGUAAAAUGCAAGUUACUCAUUUGGCUCGAAAAGAAAUCCUGUUUUUUCCAAGUAACAUUAUACACCCAUCAAUUUUUAUAAGGCUUGAUGACAGCUUUUCGGUGAAAUUUCAGGAGAAAAUUUAAAUGUAUUACUUUUAAAGGUCAUCAUUAUCAUUUGACCUCUAAACUUUGACUUUCAAUGUUUCAGACUACUUUUUGCACAAUUUACUGUUCCUUAAAUGAAUGUCCAAUCCAUGAAUAGACCAAAUACAUUUUCAAGGAUGUCGACAUGUUUUUUUUGUGUAUCUCUACUGCAACCAGCUGACAAUGACAUUGAAUUCAGGGGCUAAGACCAUCCUGUUUGAAAUACUGUAGCUCUAACAUCAACAGGGUGCAGGAUAGCUAUUUAUCCACAAGGUGUCGCUCAAGCUCUGUUAUAGAAAUUUUGGCGAACCCGUGACUCAACUGUGAUUUUGCGAGUGUACCUCACAGUCAAGGGUUCCAGAUUCUAAUCUCAACAAACCCCAUCUCAAUGGUCUAAAUGUAAAAUAAUCAUUCUAAUGCGACGGUGUUUUAUCAUAUUUUCAGCAUGACACCAAGGAGACAGAAAAAAACAGUAUAUUCGCCACCACACCUUUUUUUUUUUUUUAUGCAAGAAUUUAAAAAGCAUUUUGUAGUGAAUGAUCAAAAAUGGUUUAUAUUUCAAUUACGCAAAUAUAUGGAUCUAUUGUUGUACUUUUAUUUUUAAAUUGCGAAUGUUUUGGAAAUAUCAUGCACGUGUUUUGGCAGUAUGAAACACUCGCAGCUGAUCUUUAUUCCAAGACUGCCAAAAAAAAAAGAAAAACCUGAACAACAUGAAAGAUAAUAGCACACAUUGCGUAUAAACACGCCCCCACCGCUUGCCUGCUGGAUGAGAGGCCUGUUAUAAUUGUCCGCCAGUGCGCCUUUUAUUUUGAAAGAAACCACCUGCUGCGUUAAUAGCGAAGUUUCGGUUAAAAAAUUAGCUGUAGUAUAUUUUUGGGUGCACCGAAUUGUUGAUAUAACAUCGCAAAUAUGUCUGAGAAGAGCGAAGUAAAUCUCACCGGAGCUAAAGAAAGUAAAGACGUGUGGCUUGUCAAGGUCCCCAAGUAUUUGGCUCAACAGUGGGACAAAGCGACGGAGAAUGGGGAGGUGGGGAAGAUUACAAUUGAAAAAAAGCACGGCAAAACUCAGGUUUGUUUCAGCCUGGACGAAGAGCUGACAACUGUGAGUGCUGGAGGGGAAAGUGAUUCUCCUCUGCAGGUCCCAAGAGAGCAUCCCUUCACCAUGAACUCACUGGGUGGACAAACCAUGGCAGUCUUCAGCCAGGAUGAUAAAGAUGAAAUCAGUCUGGAGGGGAUGGUGGUACACAGAGCUGAAUGCAGACCCGUCGUCACUGACAACUACAUGAAGCUGAAGAAGGUUCAAAUGAAGGAGUCCUUGAAGCCUCAGCGUUUGUCACAGAAGCUUGACCGAGCCAUCACGACCGUCUUCAAGCCUGUGGCCAACCACGACUUUAACGUGGAAUAUGAAAAGAAGAAGAAAUCCGAGGGCAAGAUGGUGAGAGCUGAGCGACAGGUGGUGUUGGACAUGCUUUUCGCUGCCUUUGAGAAGCAUCAGUAUUACAACAUAAAAGACCUGGUGGACAUCACCAAGCAACCUGUGACCUACCUGAAAGAGAUCAUGAGGGAAAUUGGAACAUACAACAGCAAAGGUGCUCACAAAAGCACAUGGGAGCUGAAAGCAGAGUACAGGCACUACCAGUCUGCUGAGGAAGAAGAGAUGCAGACAGCCUAACAAUGUUUCAAGUAACUUUUAUCCUGCCAGCAUGGUACACGCUUGUUGCUUCAAUUAUGCUGGUAGUCUUUGUUAGUGAUUAUCAGAGGGAUUGGUUUACUUUUUAAUGCAAGCCUUUGCCUAGUAUAUUGGGAGUACAAUAAAGUUUGACUAUCAAUAUUGCUGUCUUUUUUUUUCCUUCCCACUGUUGCUAAUGACAACUGCAGACCCUUGUAGCCAUGUUUACAGAACACCAUGAGGUAGAAACAUGCUGCUUUGGAUUUUAAAAUUUAAAAUGGCUGUGACCGCGCCCAAACCAGACUCAUGUAAGAGGAUGAGAAUCCAAACAUACACGAGGCAAACUUCUUAAAGAUGAAACAGCAAAGAAAUCAUGCCAAUACCCCAAAUAAUCACACUGUUAAUAAAAAGGAAACAAGCAGAAGAUGGUACUCAGAUUUAUUUUAAACUUAAAAGCAAUGUGGAUGGAAUUUCAAAUGCAACUAUGAACCCAGAGUGGAAGGGAAAGCAGAGUUGUAUUUGCUAAAACAUCCCAAAAGUCCAAAUCUGGGAGCCUUGAACAUAUUCCUUCAGUUGUACUGCGAAAAAAAA